AUGUCGCUAGUGGAUUCAGAAGCUGCCUUCACCCAGCGAUGCCAGGAGGUGAAUGCGGGAACCAUUCACACAGCUUUGCGUGACAAUGGUGUCACGACCUUCGCUAGUCUGGCUUAUGCAUGCGGCACACCUCAGGAUCGCCCUACGCAGACCGAGCUGGAUGCGUUCAGUACUAGGAUUCUCGGAGCUGCACCUCGCUUGGGCGACGUCUCGCUCUUGAAGCGACUCAUCUUCGAAUCAUGCACCUUUGUGAUCGCACAGUUACGCCAGAAUGUUCAGGGCGAUGCUUCUGAGACCCCUAAGAAACUCCCCCUGGCUGAAAAAGCGGCUCGAGCGGCCGAUCAGAAACGCCGCUUGGCGGGGGUCCACAUAGAGAGGGACUCUGUUCCAUCUUAUGCCUUGGUGGAUUUGUGCUUCCAUAUGAUCGAGGUCGGGGUGACAUGGAUCAGCCCAGGCCGCUGCACGAGUCGCGAAAGCGAGAUCCAACUCUCGACCCGCGAUCAAACCAAGGUGUUUAAGCUGGAGGAUAACAGCUUGAAAGUCGGAAACGAGGGCCCUGAUGAUGUGGCCUGCUUCGACUCUCCCAUACGGCUACAGUGGUGUCUUCAAAGGAGAGGCCUUGCACUUGAUCAAGCUCGCUUAAUGUCUUGGCAACAACAUGAGAGGUGGGUGCAUUGCCUCCUCCACGCACUCACGCGCGAGUGCCCUUCAGGGUUCCACAAGCCGGAUAUGAACCGGAUUGUGCAAGCCGACCGGGAGGCAUGGCUCAUUCUUGCAUCGGAGGUGCCGAGUCUCAAGGUUACAGCCGCCGGUGAGUUUCCACUUGGUGUUGCACUCGAGGCCCUCCGCACCGACCCACGAAUCACCAUGUAUCUUAUGCCUACUUGGGGCCGGCAGCCCGACGUCAAGAUGCCUCUGGAUGUCCCGUCCCCACCAAAGGACGGCGAGGGUUUGUCUCGCUCGGCAAAACGUCGGAGGCGCUUGAAGGCGGCGGCGGCACGGAAUGCCACGCCGCCUGGAAAGCCGACUUCGACCCCAAAAGGGGCACGUGCCAUGCCUGCUGAGUUGAAGGGCACGCACCAGAAAACCGAAGAUGGCAAGCUCAUUUGUUGGGAUCACAACUGCGGCGGCUGCAAGCUCAAGACUGACGGCGAUCCCCCAGCGUGCCAGCAUGGAGUUCAUGUGUGUGCCUUCUGUCGUAGGGCUGGUCACUCCUUUCGCAAUUGCCGUGCUCGUACUUGGAAGGGCACUGGUAAAGGCAAAACCAAGGAGAUCACUGGCCAGAAUGACGACGGGCUGGGAUACACUUUUUCUCCGGUGCCGGUGACAGCACAGGACCUUUCUUCUGCUGAAUCGCUGGCCGCCCAGUGCCUGAAUCUUGGCUUUGCAAGUUUUGCACAGCUUCGCGAGCUCAGUGCUCGCCUGCCAGCGGACUCUGUGGGGGCACCUUCAGGCCAACCUGUUGCUCCCGCGGAUCCCAAAUCUUUUACUUCUGGAGCCUACGUGCACCACGACAAGAACGGGCUUCGAUCCAAUUGUUUUGCAUUUCCUUUUUCCACACAACUGCUUGCACGCAUAUUGUCGGCUGAGUUUCCUGAUGCCUGUUUUUCUUCAGUGGGCCUAUUCUUCAACUUGAAGGCGCCGCUUCAUUCGGAUCGCAACAAUGAUCAUCGACACGCCAACCUGUUGCUGCCAGCCUCGCAUUUUUCCGAUGGUCAGGUUUGGGUGGAAGGUCGCGGGAAGCAUCCGUGUCCUGACCUCUCCGCCAAACGCCUUGGUUACCUGCUUGAUGUGGCUUCUGGCCCGCAACGGCUGCCCUCAGAGCGUCUUCACAGUACAUGCCCCUGGACAGGGGACCGCCUGCUCGUGGUGGGUUUCUGCGUUCGUGAUACACAACGACUCUGUGAACGGGACUGCCACUGGCUGCGGGACUCUGGUUUUCCACUGCCCGGCCCUCCCCAAGAUCAUACGGCCGCUCCUCGCCAGGUCACUUCAACGACUUCUUCGCCCGGUGGGUCCUCUUUGUCUACCUCUACGACGCCGCCGCCACAGGCCUCAGCUCCCAUCGCCAAGCGCCGCCGCGUUGCAUAUCGGCCUGCCUUGCCAGUGCAUUCUACAGCAACGUCGUCUAAAUCUAUGCCGCCAACUACACCGGACGACCAACAUGCUGAUGUAUUGGCUGAGAAGAUCUUCCCGAACAACCUGGCUCCACUUGUUAUCGAAAUCUUUGCUGGCACCGCCCGCCUCAGCACUGUUGCUGGGCGCAUGGGCUUUCGUACUUUGGCGGUGGACCGCUCCUCGCAAAGAACCAAUUUCUCUAUACAACGACUGGACCUUACGUUGGAUGCCGACUUGCAAACGCUGCUUGACAUCAUCAAUCUGGAGGCUGACAACAUUGCUUGGAUCCAUUUGGCACCUCCUUGUGGUACGGCCUCGGCGGCACGAUCCAGGCCUUUACAUAAGGCUGAACACUACGGCUGCCCUGUGCCUCAACCACUACGCAGUGUCACGGAGCCGCAGGGCCUCUCCACACUGACCGGUGCCGACCGCGAUCGUGUACUCGCUGCCAACAAGUUGUACCGAGCUGUCGGCUGCAUCGUUGACCUCGCCCUGCAGCUUGGUCUUUUCGCGACCGUUGAGAACCCUCUCAACAGCUUGGCUUGGCUAUGUGACGGCCUCGACCACCUUUGUCGCCGUGAAGAUGGCUACCAACUCAUCUUUGAUGCUUGCAUGCAUGGCGGGGAUCGCGACAAAACUACCUUAUUCUGGUGCUCCGACCCACGCUUUCAGGCGCUGGCAUUGCGUUGUUCCCGUGACCACAAACACGCAUCCUGGAAGCCUCGCUUUGUGGAUGGGCAUUGGCAAUUCCCCACCGCUGCGGAGGCGGCAUACCCUUGGCUUCUUUGCGAACGGAUGCUUUACAUUCUGGCUGCGGGUUUUCCUGCAUUGGCUUCAACUUCACAGCAGCCGCGAGCCUGUGAGCAAGUCGCACUGCAGCGACAGCCAAAAUAUGCUCGACCUUUGGUUUCAUGCUACCAAUCACACGACUGCUGGGCUGUACCUGUACGCUCCGCGGAUGCUGCGGCACCUCUUUUGAAGUGCUACCCCAAAGGUGCUCGUGUGACGCAACGCAAACUGGUGCCGUGGGGAGCAGUCCGGGUUUGCGCUGCCUCGAAAUAUCCUGGCUUCGACAGACAUAGUUCUGCAGAGUUGCUGGGAGGGACGGCCAAGAUCUAUCAACCUGACACUUCCGAUUUCUCUUUGCUUGUAAGCGAGGAUAAAAACGACGUGUACGAGGUGGUGGGAAUGGUGUGCGAUGACAAUCCUUGUGCGACCCAGGCAGAAAUUCUUACUAUUGGAAUUCCACGUGAACCGGAAGACUUUGUGAAGGCUGCGGUCCAAGCGGGGCACCCUCGCAAUGCAAUACUGGUCAAUCGCCAAGGUCCGGCAAAGGAAAUCGCUGCCAACGUAGUUAUGCCAGCAGAGGAGCGCAAGAAAAGGGCCGAUGAGGCUCGGGAUGCGUGGAAGAAAAUUUCCAAGGAGUCGGCUGAGACCAACGACGCGCUUAUGAAACAAAAGCCCGCGUACUUGGCGAAGGCGCUGGCUGGCAAGAACGUCAUUGCUUGGCAGCGCAUUCUUGAGCGAAAUGGUUUCCCUGACCAGAUGCUUUGGGCUGACUUGCGGGAUGGCUUCCGCUUGACAGGAUGGAUGAGAGAGACCGGAAUCUUCAAGCCUAGAGUCAAAGCACCGGAAUCCUCCCUUGAAAGUCUGCUAGCACAAUCGUCUUACCGAUCUCCCAUGACUAUGAGCCGGAUAACAAACACGAAGCCGGACGAGACGUCUAGGAAGGCGUGGGCUGAAACCCAAGAGGAGGAGCGCAAGGGCUGGAUCUUCGAGGACACCGCCCCUGACUUCAGCAACAUCAUUCUGGCGCACCGCUUCGGGCUUGAGCAGAAAAACAAAGUACGGGUGAUUGACAACGGCAAGGAUUGCGGCUUGAACAUGGCUUGCGGGCUGCCAGAGAAGUUCACCCUGCACGGGGUCGACGUUCUGGCGGCUGUCUUCCUUGAGUUGUUGAAUAUGCCACGUGACCGCUUGUUCAAAUUGGUUGGGAAAACAAUAGAUCUCGUCUCCGCUUACAAGUUCUACCCCGUACAUCCUCUUGACAGACAACACUUGAGGAUUGGUGUGUUCGACACGGACAGCAAGAGGGCGCGGAUCUAUGGGACUAAUGUCCUACCUUUCGGUGCCACCGGAAGUGUGGCUGGCUUCCUUAGGGUGUCAGCCGCCGUCUGGCACACUGGCGUCCGGGACAUGGGCUUGGGCUGGUGCGCAUACUUCGAUGAUUUUCCAUUGCUAUCUUGUGAUGGAAUGGAGGAACAGACCGAAGAAUUCGCCGACGAAGUUUUCGAGGCUCUUGGGAUUCAGUAUGCAAAAGAGGGCAAAAAGGCAACAAAGUUUGAUGCGGUUUUUAAUGCGCUUGGCUUGGCCUUCGACCUGUCGGGAUUCGAGAGCGGAGUCAUCUCCAUCACACAUACCAGCGAUCGAAAGAAGGAGUUGAACGACGUUCUCGCGAACAUCUUGCAGACGGGAAGACUUAGCCCCAAGGAGGCUGAAGUCCUCCGCGGGCGCAUGCAUUGGUAUUCUUCUUACUUGUUCGGACGGGCACCGUGCGAAGCUAUGCACCAACUUUCCUUGAGAGCCAGGGGAAUCGAUGGUUCAUCGGAACUGAGCGCUGAUCUGGAAUGGGCGGUGAGGACACUGCUCCAACACGUCAGUACCUCGAGACCCUUGGAGUUGAGGCAGACUUCCGGGAGAGAGCUCUUCAUUUUUACUGAUGGAUCUUAUGAACCUGGCGCUGGGGUUGUGGCCGGCAUCGGAGGAAUCAUUUACGAUGCCUCUGGCGUCCCGUUGGCUUUCUUCAGCUCGGAGAUCCCUAAGUCUGAUUUGGAAUUGCUGGAGGCUGAAUCCGAGCAUCCAAUCUAUGAAGUCGAACUCUACGCGGUCCUUGUGGCGUUCAUGCUAUGGGCGGAAGUGUUGAGAGAUACCUUCAGCACCUUCUACUUAUACAACGAAGCUGCGCAAUCCGCUUUGAUUGCUGGCCGCUCUGGGACUCGAAACGGACGACGGCUCUUACAGCAGGUCUUAUCGCUGGAACAUGACAAUAUGGCUAGGCCGUGGUUUGGGCGUGUGCCUACCCACUCGAACCCGGCAGACCCGCCUAGCCGACAGAUCGUGGACCAUCUGAUCAGACAAGGCGCAAGGCAGGACGAUGUCGAUUUGGGCUGUCUGCUGCUUGAAAGGCCUCCGGAUACGGGCUGA